AUUUCCGAAGGGAUUUUGCACACUGUAUAAAAGUAUUAAAUGUUGGCGCAUCGUUUCUUUUAUUAAUAAAUCUUUAUACGUUAAGCGUUUUAACGCGUUUAUUUUUUUCAAAACGUGUUAUAGCACACAAACCCUUUGGCAUAGAUUCCACACACACCCGUUUCAAAUAGAACGCAUUCAGAUUUGUUGUAAAUUUGUCUAAAAACAACAAGAUGCCAUCCGAUGCUAAGAAACGCGAUGCUCAGCGCAAGAAGGACGCGCGCAACAAGAAGAUCCAACAAAUACCUUCAACAAAGAAAGGCACAAAUGGCACCAACGGACAGCCUGAGCGUGAAAUGACUGAGGAGGAGAAACUGUGCGCUAAGCUGGCCGAAGAGGCUCGUAUCAGUGCUGAGGCACGUUCCUGUACUGGUUCUUUGGCCGUCCAUCCGCGUUCGCGUGAUAUAAAAAUUGCCAAUUUCUCGAUCACGUUCUUCGGCUCGGAGCUGCUGCAAGAUACCAUGCUCGAGUUGAAUUGUGGGCGGCGCUAUGGCGUCAUCGGUCUAAAUGGUUGUGGCAAGUCAUCCUUGCUUGCGGUUUUAGGCAACCGUGAGGUUCCCAUACCCGAACACAUUGAUAUUUUCCAUCUGACGCGCGAAAUCCCGGCGAGCACUAAAAGUGCAUUGCAGUGCGUCAUGGAGGUGGAUGAGGAGCGUAUCAAGCUGGAGAAACUGGCCGAAGAGCUGGCCAUGAGCGAGGAGGACGAUGCACAGGAGCAACUGAUUGAUAUCUAUGAGCGACUCGAUGAUAUGUCAGCGGAUCAGGCCGAGGCAAAGGCAGCUCGUAUUCUACACGGUCUGGGAUUUGACAAGGCCAUGCAACAGAAACAGGCCAAGGAUUUCUCAGGUGGUUGGCGUAUGCGUAUUGCGCUAGCCCGUGCGCUUUUCGUCAAGCCCCAUUUGUUGCUUCUAGACGAGCCGACUAAUCACUUGGAUCUAGAUGCCUGCGUGUGGCUGGAGGAAGAACUCAAAACAUAUAAACGUAUAUUGGUGCUCAUUUCGCAUUCACAGGACUUCCUCAAUGGCGUUUGCACCAACAUCAUACACAUGACCAAGAAACGUCUCAAAUAUUAUACAGGCAAUUAUGAGGCUUUUGUGCGCACACGCAUGGAGCUAUUAGAGAACCAGAUGAAGCAGUAUAACUGGGAGCAGGAUCAGAUCUCGCACAUGAAGAACUAUAUAGCCCGUUUCGGUCACGGUUCGGCCAAAUUGGCGCGUCAAGCUCAGUCCAAGGAGAAGACACUGGCCAAGAUGGUUGCACAGGGUCUCACGGAAAAGGUGUCGGACGACAAGACGUUGAACUUCUACUUCCCAUCAUGCGGCAAGGUGCCGCCACCUGUGAUUAUGGUGCAGAAUGUACACUUUCGUUACAACGAUGAAACACCGUGGAUCUAUAAGAACCUCGAAUUUGGUAUCGAUCUAGAUACACGUCUAGCGUUGGUGGGGCCGAAUGGUGCUGGAAAAUCAACACUUUUGAAGCUACUCUAUGGCGAUCUGGUGCCCACUUCGGGCAUGAUACGCAAGAACUCACAUUUGCGCAUUGCACGCUACCACCAACAUCUUCACGAGCUUUUGGAUCUGGACGCCAGUCCGCUCGAGUACAUGAUGAGGGCCUUCCCCGAUGUCAAGGAGAAGGAGGAGAUGCGUAAGAUUAUUGGACGUUACGGCCUGACAGGUCGCCAGCAGGUCUGUCCCAUACGUCAGCUGUCUGAUGGCCAGCGUUGUCGCGUCGUCUUUGCCUGGCUUGCGUGGCAAGUGCCACAUCUGCUUUUGCUUGACGAACCUACCAAUCAUUUGGAUAUGGAGACAAUCGAUGCAUUGGCGGAUGCCAUCAACGAUUUCGAUGGCGGUAUGGUUCUGGUUAGCCACGAUUUCCGUCUGAUCAAUCAGGUGGCUGAAGAAAUUUGGGUUUGCGAAAAGGAGACGGUUACCAAAUGGAAGGGUGGUAUAUUAGAUUACAAGGAUCAUUUGAAGAACAAGAUUACAUCAGAGAAUGAAAAGAAGGCCAAGGCGAAGUAAAAGUAGAAGACCUCUACUUGUGCCGGUCACUGGUUUAAAUAGAUCAACAACACACAACACUUACAGAAACUGCAACACACACACUCUCCGCUACACACUAUCUCCUCUCUUAAAUGGCCCACUCAUGGCUCUGCCUACACUGUGCGAAAUUCGUUUUGGGUUGAACUUGCGCGUGCGCUUAGACAACAUUGUGUUGAAACAAAUAUAUUUGUUUAUAUAUGCAGUAAGAAAACAACAACAACAACUACAACAACAGGAACCAGAACUACUCUCACACACACACACACACACCCAUGUUAACUUAAAUUCUAGCUGAAUUGUUUUUAUUUUUUGUGUCGAACGAUAAAAUAAAUGAAUGAAAUUAAUUGUAAAACACGUUGUAAGAGAAAAAGAAGAAAAUCCCUAAAACAAAAUCAACAAAA